AUGCCACUAGAGAAUACUUAUAUUGGUGUAAUAGUUAAAUUACAAAAUGCAAAUAAUUGGUCUAAGGCUCAAAUGCUAAAAAUUAUAUCAGGAUAUCUGCAUGGACUAGCUGCAUAUUGGUUUGAAGAAAAUGUCAAUACUAUCACUUACUGGAAUUCAGAUAGUAAUACUGCCAUAAUGGAUUUUUAUGCAGGAAAAUUUAAAAGAUUGUUAAAGAAAGUUGACUCUUCUAGUGUCUUACUAGAUAAAUAUACUGUAAGACUUUUUCUUAAUGGAUUAAAAAAGAAUAUUAUUCCUCUUGUAACAUUUAGUCAUCCCAAAAAUAUAGAAGAAGCUAUUGAUGCAGCUAAACAAAUUGAGAGUGGUCAAUAUUAUAAACAGCAAUCUCCUAUACUAACUCAAUCAAGUGAAAGCAAUAAUGCUAUUGAUAAUCUUACCAAACAAAUGAAACAUGCAAAUGAAGCUCCUGUUAGUUAUCCUACUACUCAAGAUCAACAAUAUGAUGAACUAGAACAAGUUUUGGAUGAUUAUGAGGAAGAAGAACUUAGCGAAAUUGAAGCUUAUAUGACAGAUAGUCAAGAAGAAUAUGAGGAUGAAACUGACCUUCUACCUCUUGACUACAAUUCUUAG